GAAUUCUUCAGAAAAGUGACGCAAACAAGUUCUCACUAAGGAAUAUUGGGUCUUCUGCGCGGCCGUAGAGCUCUGCCAAGCGCGCCUGCGCAGAAGAGUAGCGGCGUUGAGUCAGGGAGUCAGUGGGGAAAAUUGCGGUAGUGACUGUCGAACCUCGCCAUGAAGACCCGUUUCAGUACCAUUGAUCUCCGCGCGGUACUCGCUGAGUUGAACGCCAGCUUGUUAGGAAUGCGAGUAAACAAUGUUUAUGAUGUGGAUAAUAAGACAUACCUUAUUCGUCUUCAAAAACCAGACUUUAAAGCUACACUUUUAAUUGAAUCCGGCAUACGAAUUCACACAACAGAAUUUGAGUGGCCUAAGAAUAUGAUGCCAUCUAGUUUUGCCAUGAAGUGCCGAAAACAUUUGAAGAGUCGGAGAUUAGUCAGUGCAAAACAGCUUGGUGUGGAUAGAAUUGUAGAUUUUCAAUUUGGAAGUGAUGAAGCUGCUUAUCACUUAAUCAUUGAGCUCUAUGAUAGGGGGAACAUUGUUCUUACAGAUUAUGAGUACCUCAUUUUAAAUAUCCUAAGAUUUCGAACCGAUGAGUCAGAUGAUGUUAAAUUUGCCGUUCGUGAACGCUACCCAGUUGAUCAUGCUAGAGCUGCCGAACCUUUGCUGACCUUGGAAAGAUUGACAGAAAUAAUAGCCAGUGCACCUAAGGGUGAACUACUGAAGAGAGUUCUUAACCCAUUACUUCCAUAUGGACCAGCUCUCAUUGAACACUGUCUUAUAGAAAAUGGAUUCUCUGGCAAUGUCAAAGUGGAUGAAAAAUUAGAAAGUAAAGAUAUUGAAAAAGUACUUGUUUGUCUGCAGAAAGCUGAAGGCUAUAUGAAAACAACGUCCAGCUUCAGUGGAAAGGGGUAUAUCAUUCAGAAAAGAGAAAUAAAACCAAGCCUGGAAGUAGAUAAACCAACUGAAGACAUACUCACGUAUGAGGAAUUUCAUCCUUUCUUGUUUUCUCAACAUUCACAAUGUCCAUAUAUAGAAUUUGAAUCAUUUGACAAGGCUGUGGAUGAAUUUUAUUCCAAGAUAGAAGGUCAGAAAAUAGAUUUAAAAGCUUUACAACAGGAAAAACAAGCAUUGAAGAAAUUAGAUAAUGUCCGAAAGGAUCAUGAAAACAGAUUAGAAGCUCUUCAGCAAGCUCAGGAAAUAGACAAACUUAAAGGAGAGCUCAUAGAAAUGAACCUACAGAUAGUUGACAGAGCCAUUCAGGUUGUUCGAAGUGCUUUAGCCAAUCAGAUAGAUUGGACAGAAAUUGGGUUAAUUGUGAAAGAAGCCCAAGCUCAAGGAGACCCUGUUGCGAAUGCAAUCAAAGAAUUAAAACUACAAACAAAUCAUGUUACAAUGCUGCUAAGAAAUCCAUACUUGUUAUCAGAGGAGGAAGAUGAUGAUGUUGAUGGUGACAUCAGUGUGGAGAAAAAUGAAACCGAACCACCAAAAGGAAAAAAAAAAAAGCAAAAGAAUAAACAGCUGCAGAAGCCUCAGAAAAAUAGGCCAUUACUUGUUGAUGUUGAUCUCAGCUUGUCAGCAUAUGCCAAUGCCAAAAAGUAUUAUGAUCACAAGAGAUAUGCUGCUAAGAAAACACAAAAGACUGUUGAAGCUGCUGAGAAGGCAUUCAAGUCAGCAGAAAAGAAAACAAAACAAACCUUAAAAGAAGUCCAAACAGUUACCUCUAUUCAAAAAGCAAGGAAAGUGUAUUGGUUUGAGAAAUUUCUGUGGUUCAUUAGCUCAGAGAACUAUCUAAUUAUAGGUGGACGAGAUCAGCAACAGAAUGAAAUAAUUGUGAAAAGAUAUUUGACAACAGGGGACAUUUAUGUACAUGCUGAUCUUCAUGGAGCUACUAGUUGUGUAAUUAAGAAUCAAACAGGAGAACCAGUGCCCCCUCGGACUCUGACUGAAGCUGGCACAAUGGCACUUUGCUACAGUGCUGCUUGGGAUGCACGUGUCAUCACCAGUGCUUGGUGGGUGUACCAUCACCAGGUGUCUAAAACAGCACCAACUGGAGAAUAUUUGACAACAGGAAGCUUCAUGAUAAGAGGAAAAAAGAAUUUCCUCCCUCCUUCAUAUCUAAUGAUGGGGUUUAGCUUCCUCUUUAAGGUAGAUGAGUCUUGUAUUUGGAGACAUCGAGGUGAACGAAAAGUCAGAGUGCAGGAUGAAGACAUGGAGACACUGGCAAGUUGCACAAGUGAACUCAUAUCAGAAGAAAUGGAACAACUAGAAGGAGGUGACAGUAGCAGUGAGGAAGAUAAAGAGGAGUUACAAGAAACCCCUGUGGAAGUGGAACUCAUGACUCAGGUUGACCAAGAGGAUAUUACUAUUCAGAGUGGUGGAGAUGAGCUUAAUGAAGAACUAAUUCAGGAAGAAAGCUCUGAAGAUGAAGGAGAAUCUGAAGAGGUGGUAAAAGAUCAGGAAGCUAUUGUUAAAAUGAAGGAUGAAGAAGAAGAGACACUGAAUUAUCCUGAUACUACCAUUGAUUUGUCCCACCUUCAAUCCCAAAGGUCCCUCCAGAAAUUGGCUUCAAAAGAGGAAUCUUCUAAUAUGAGUGAAAGUAAGUUACAGAGCCGGAGACAUCUGUCAGCCAAGGAAAGAAGAGAAAUGAAAAAGAAAAAGCUUCCAAGUGACUCAGGGGAUUUAGAAGUGAUAGAGGGAAAGGACAAAGAAAAGGAAAAUGCUCUACACAUGGAAACUCAUCAGAACACAAGCAAAAAUGUCCCAGCUGUGCAGCCAAUGAAGCGAGGACAGAAGAGCAAAAUGAAAAAAAUGAAGGAAAAAUACAAAGACCAAGAUGAAGAAGAACGGGAACUCAUCAUGAAAUUGCUGGGAUCUGCAGGUUCGAACAAAGAAGAAAAAGGGAAAAAAGGGAAAAAAGGAAAAACAAAGGAUGAACCAGUGAAGAAACAGCCCCAGAAACCUAGAGGUGGACCAAGGGUUUCUGACAGCAUAAAGAGAGAAACUCCAUCCCUUGAGGUUGUAACUCACGAGUUACAAGACAUGGCUAUAGAUGAUCCACAUGAUGACAAGGAAGAGCAAGAUCUGGAUCAACAAGGAAAUGAGGAAAAUCUGUUUGACUCUUUGACAGGGCAGCCACAUCCUGAAGACGUGUUACUGUUUGCCAUUCCAAUAUGUGCCCCUUACACCACCAUGACAAACUACAAAUACAAAGUCAAACUUACUCCUGGAGUUCAGAAAAAGGGAAAAGCUGCAAAAACAGCCUUGAAUAGUUUUAUGCACUCCAAAGAAGCAACAGUAAGAGAAAAAGACUUAUUCCGCAGCGUAAAGGACACGGAUUUGUCAAGAAACAUUCCUGGCAAAGUGAAAGUAUCUGCACCUAAUCUUCUGAAUGUAAAAAGGAAGUAGCAGAAGUGAAAUCCUAAAAUAUUUGAGAUGAGCCAAUUUUAUAGCCUUUUGGAGGUUCAGAGAUGAAAACACCAUGUAAGGAGACUUUCACAUUUAGCAAUGAACUAAAUGGAAACACUGUCUACAACAGGAGUCCCUAAAAGAUUUGUGGACAGUUACAUGCUAAUUGUAUACAUCUGUAGUUCAGCAUUCUCUUGAAAUUUAUUAAGUAUUAAUUUAAUGCUGUAAAGAAACCAAAUAGUGAAGUGGCUCAAUUGCUUAGACUAUUGAUUUGGUUGUCUACUGUAUAUAAUAUAUAUCUAUUAUAGGCCAAUCACUAGUUUUGUUUUGUUUUUCCUGGUGGUGGUUGGAGGAGUUAAGCAUUUAGGAUUAGUCUUGAAAAUCCUAAGUAUUGAGCAAAUUUCCUUCUACCUUUACUUAUACUUAUCAAAAAAAAUCAGACUAGACUUAAAAUACAGGUAAGUCCCAUGACUCAGCUUAAGAAAGAAUACAGAAGAAAUUGGUGUGGAUCAUUUCCAUGCAUUUAUACACCUUCACUUUUCAUCUUAGUAUUUUCCUUGUUAUCUCAUUCAGUUCCAUACUGUUUUAGUUUCCACCUCUAGUAAGUACCAGAAGCAUGCUACAGAGCACCUGAGCCUAUAACAUAAAAGUGCACUUUUAGGCUUACCAACUAAAGACUCCUGAACCAGUUUUCUGCUCCUUAACAGAAUGGAGAAUAAAGUUGUACAUUUCCAUUCUUUUAUGAGCUACAAAAUUCUGUUAAUUUUUAAAUAAUUAGACAACAGCCUACCUAUAUCAACAGGAUUGCAUGCCCCAGCCCCUAUACCAAAGCAUUGAGAUCAAACUACUAAACAGUUGUUGGUCCUUACAAAAUUUCUUUUGUCAGCUUAGUCCUACUGAAAAUGUUUUUUCCAUUUUAAAUUUAUAAAAAAAAAGCAAACACUAUAUAGCCUAGUGUUGUAAAUACAACAUAAUAGACCACUUGUCAUUU